AUGCUUGUCCUCCCCGGUUCGUCGGCGAUCACGCCCACGCGGCGCACGACGCUCCUCGCCGCGCUGCAGGCUGUCUUGCCCAGCGUGACUGGCCUGGACGCUGUGCACCUGCACCUCGUGAACGCGGUCUCUACCGACGCGGAGAAAGUGCUCGCGGAGGCUACCGGUGAGCAGCGCCGCAUCCUCGACACGCUCCUUGCGUACGGCGACGACGAGCGUCAGGCUUCGACCAAGGCCUGGCUCUCUGACGCCAUCAAGCCCAAGGACGUGCUUGCCGUAUACAUCCUUCCCCGUGCCGGCACUAUUUCUCCGUGGAGCUCCAAGGCGACCGACAUUGCCAAGCUCUGCCGCCUCGAGCAGUACAUCAAACGUAUCGAGCGCGGUGCCCUCUACCUCGUGUCGGGCGCCGGUGUCUCGCUCGAGCAGCUCGGCUCUACUUUGCACCUCAUUCACGACCGCAUGACCCAGGUCGUCACUACCACGCUCCCUGAGUCGGCAGCCAUUUUCCCGCCCUCGCACAAGCCUGACCCGCUUGUCACCGUUGAGCUUGUCGGCGCCGAGAACCCCGUCGCCGUCCUCGAGGAGGCCAACGUGCGCCUCGGUCUUGCCCUCAGCGCCGAGGAGAUCCCCUAUCUCGUCGACUCGUUUGUCGCCGCUGGCCGCAACCCUACCGAUGCCGAGCUCUUCAUGUUCGCCCAGGUCAACUCGGAGCACUGUCGCCACAAGAUCUUCAACGCCAAGUGGACCAUCGACGGCACCGAUAAGGAGAACUCGCUCUUCGGCAUGAUCCGCAACACCGAGAAGGCGUGCAACUCGAACGGCACGCUCUCCGCGUACGAGGACAACGCCGCCGUCCUCCAGGGCUUUACCGCCCCCCGCUUCGCCGUCGACGGUGGCAAGGACCACGCGUACGCCGCCAACGAGGAGGCUAUGCCCAUUCUCAUCAAGGUCGAGACCCACAACCACCCCACCGCCGUCUCCCCUUACCCUGGCGCGUCGACCGGCUCGGGCGGUGAAAUUCGUGACGAGGGUGCCACUGGCCGUGGCUCUCGUCCUAAGGCUGGUCUCGCCGGCUUCACCGUCUCUGACCUCCUCAUUCCUGGCUUCAAGCAGGAGUGGGAGUCAGACGUCGGCCGCCCGGCUCACAUUGCCUCGGCGUACGACAUCAUGAUCGAGGCACCUCUCGGUGCUGCGGCCUUCAACAACGAGUUCGGCCGCCCCGCGCUUGGCGGCUACUUCCGCACGUUCCUCAUGGAGGUCCCGAGCCCUCAGGGUUCUCCAGAGUGGCGCGGAUACCACAAACCCAUCAUGAUCGCUGGUGGUCUUGGCAACGUCCGUGAGAAGUACGCACGCAAGGACAAGAUUACCCCUGGCGCCAAGAUCAUUGUGCUUGGUGGCCAAGGUAUGCUCAUCGGCCUCGGUGGUGGUGCUGCCUCCUCGAUGACUUCAGGCCAGUCAUCGGCUGACCUCGACUUCGCGUCCGUCCAGCGUGACAACCCGGAGAUGGAGCGCCGUGCCCAACAGGUCAUCGACGCCUGUGUUAACCGUGGCUCCAAGGGCCCCGGCAACCCCAUCCAGUCGAUCCACGACGUCGGUGCAGGUGGUCUCUCGAACGCCCUCCCCGAGCUUGUCCACGACGCCGGCCUCGGUGCCGUCUUCGAGAUCCGUGACGUCCUAGUUGACGACCCGAACAUGUCGCCCAUGGAGAUUUGGUGCAACGAGUCGCAGGAGCGCUACGUCCUCGCCGUUGGCCCCGAGGACCUCCCUGCCUUUGAGGAGAUUGCCCGCCGUGAGCGUGCUCCCUUUGCAGUCGUCGGUACUGCCACUGAGGAGCAGCGCCUCGUUGUCACCGACCGCCUUCUUGGCGACAACGUUAUUGACAUCGCCAUGUCGGUCCUCUUCGGCAAGCCGCCCCGCAUGCACCGCAAGGACCAGACUGUCAAGCCUCAGCGUGACGCCUUUGACUCGUCGCUCCAGGCGUACGCCGGCGCCACGCUCGAGACCGCCGUUGACCGCGUUCUCCACCUCCCCUCGGUCGGCUCCAAGUCGUUCCUCAUCACCAUUGGCGACCGCUCUAUCUCGGGUCUCGUCACCCGUGACCAGAUGGUUGGCCGCUGGCAGGUCCCUGUUGCCGACGUCGCCGUCACUCGCUCGUCGUUCGGCUUCGACGUCGUUGUCGGUGAGGCCAUGGCCAUGGGUGAGCGCACCCCGCUUGCCCUCAUUUCGGCCGGUGCCUCGGCUCGUAUGGCCGUCGCCGAGUCGCUCACCAACCUCGUCGCCGCCUCGAUCCCUGACCUUGCCAAGGUCAAGCUGUCGGCCAACUGGAUGUCGGCUGCCUCGACGGAGGGCGAGGGCUCGCGCCUUUACGAGGCCGUUGAGGCCAUCGGCCUCGACCUCUGCCCUGCUCUUGGCGUGGGUAUUCCUGUCGGCAAGGACUCGAUGUCGAUGAGCAUGCGCUGGCAGGCCGACGGGCAGAAGAAGGAGGUGACCGCUCCUCUCUCGCUCAUCGUCACUGCCUUCUCGCCGGUCGACAACGUUGAGCGCACCUGGACUCCUGAGCUCCGCACCGACGCAGGCGAGACCACCCUUGUGUUCGCUGACCUUGCCCGUGGCAAGCAGCGCCUUGGUGGCUCGGCGCUCGCUCAGGUCUUCAAACAGCUCGGCGCCGAGGCUCCCGAUGUCGAGAACGCUGCCGAGCUCAAGGCUUUCUUCACCGCCGUCCAGGCCCUGCACGGCUCCGACAUUGUCCUCGCCUACCACGACCGCUCGGACGGUGGUCUCUUCACCUCCGUUGUCGAGAUGGCAUUUGCCGGCCGCACCGGUGUUGAGCUCAACGUUGACGCUGUAUCGAAGUCCGGUGACGCUGCUGCUGCUCUCUUCAACGAGGAGCUCGGUGCCGUCUUUCAGGUCCGCACCAAGGACCUCCAGGCCUUCCAGCACGCUUUCGUUCACGCUGGGUUCCCUACCCAGUACCUCCACGCCUGCGGCUCCGUCCUCGGCCGCGAGGACCAGCGCAUCUCGAUCCUUGCCAACGGGCAGGAGAUCUUCCGCUCCACCCGUGGCAAGCUCCAGCAGGCGUGGGCUGAGACCUCGUACCGCAUGCAGGCGGAGCGUGACGAGCCCAGCGGUGCCAAGCAGGAGUUUGACGCCAUCCUUAACGACGCCGAAAAGGGUAUCCUCUACGACAUCAAGUUCCCCUUCCUCCCCAGCGUCGACCGCGCCAUCACCGCUCCUCCCAAGGUCGCCAUCCUCCGUGAGCAGGGCGUCAACGGCCACAUCGAGAUGGCGUGGUCGUUCCACGCGGCCGGCUUCGAGGCGAUCGACGUUCACAUGUCGGACAUCAUCAGUGGCAAGCUCCAGCUUUCUGGCUUCGCUGGUAUCGCCGCUUGCGGUGGCUUCUCGUACGGUGACGUGCUUGGUGCUGGUUCCGGCUGGGCCAACUCUGUGCUGCUGAACUCCACUGCACGGUCCGAGUUCUCCGCCUUCUUCGGGCGCAAGGACUCCUUCGCGCUCGGCGUGUGCAACGGCUGCCAGUUCUUCAGCCAGCUGCGCGACAUCAUCCCUGGCACCGAGUCUUGGCCUCUGUUCAAGUCCAACCGCUCGGAGCGCUUCGAGGGCCGUGUGGCGACCGUCAAGAUCUCGGAUGGCACGACCUCCGUUCUCCUCGCAGGCAUGGAGGGCUCGUCGCUUCCCGUGGCCGUCGCACACGGCGAGGGCCGCGCUGACUUUGCCGAGAAAGGGGACCUCAAGGCGCUCAACGCGGCCAACCUUGUCCCCGUGCGCUACGUUGACGGCAACGGUGCCGUCACGCAGCAGUACCCCCUUAACCCUAACGGAUCACCGGAAGGUAUCGCGGCUGUGCAGACGGCCGACGGCCGCGUCCUCGCUAUCAUGCCUCACCCCGAGCGUGUCGUCGCCGCCGAGUCCAACUCUUGGUUCCCUGCCGACAAGCGCGGCGAGUGGAAGGGCAAGGGACCAUGGUUCCGCAUCUUCCAGAACGCUUACGCGUUCGCCACCAAGGCAUAA